AUGGCUAGAAGAAAAUAUCUUUCUUCCUUUGAAAGAGCAGCCAUCAUCCAAUUCCUCCUUCAAGGUAGCAAAGAUGGAAAACCUGGCAGAGGGAAGAUGAGUGCAGCGGUGCAAAAGUGGAGCAGUUCGUGUAGAACGAUUAGUCGACUUUGGGCAGCUGCAAAAAAACAAAGUGAAAGUGGUGAGGUAAUUAGUUCUUUGAGCAAGAAAAUAUUAAGACCAAGGAGAAAACUUGUAGAACUUGAUUUACAUUUGAUUGCAAGCUUAGAUUUGUCAAAAAGAUCUACCAUUAGAAGGCUAGCAUGUGGGAUUAAAUGCAGUAAAAGCACUGUGGGCAGGUGGAUUAAAUCUGGACUGAUCAGGGCUCAUUCUAACGCGAUAAAACCUGAUCUUACGGCUCCAAACAAGUUGUUUAGGCUACGGUUUUCCUUAGAAGCUCUAGAAUAUGAUAGGAUUCUUAGGAGUUUGACAUUUAAAAGCAUGCACAACACAGUCCACAUUGAUGAGAAAUGGUUCUACAUCACAAAAACUGCACAAAGGUUCUAUUUAACUCCCGAAGAGAUAGAACCUCACAGGACUUGCAAGAGCAAGAAGUUCAUCACCAAGGUGAUGUUCAUCCAAAAGGAAGAGCAAGAACAGGGCAGCAGGUACAAUGGAAUGGAAACCAAUACAAAGCAUCACCAAACAAGUAGUGAAAGAUUGCCUAAUCAAUCAGAUUGUAGUGCUGAAUGUAUUGCUAAUAUUGUUCCUGCUAUUAAAGCAAAGUGGCCAGCAAAUGCUAGCAAAACCAUCUACAUACAGCAAGAUAAUGCUAGGCCUCACAUUCAAGAUUCAGAUCCAGAUUUCAGGGCAGUAGCAUCUGCAGAUGGCUUUGACAUUCAUUUGGUGCAUCAACCACCAAACUCCCCAGAUACAAACAUCAACGAUUUGGGGUGGUUUAGGGCAAUACAAAGCCUACAAACUGAAUCAGUUUGUACAAGUGUGGGUGAUCUAGUGAAUGCUUUGGGCAGAAUAUGUAAAUGCAGCAGGCCAGAAUAUGUAAAUGCAGCUGUACCAAGUUUUUGUAAAUGCAGCUCAGAUGAUUUUGUAAAUGCAGCUGAACUAUGA